GAAAGGAAAGUGUACAAAACGAAACUAUGUGUGCUUUAUCAAAGAGGACGUUGUAAUCGCCAAACUUGUUCUUUUGCUCAUGGCAAUACCGAACUACGUCGUUUCUCCGAUUCCACUGCUGCUGGCGGUUUUAGUAUUUCUUAUCAGAAAGGAAUUUGCUGGUUGCUUUAUCUUUGUGCUGCUUAUGGUAUUUUUCUCAGCAUCUUGGUUUAUCAUAUUGCAUCUUCAAGCAGCAGCACAUGAGGGAUCCGAAUAUGUUUCUCUGGACAUAGUCUCUUCCAUAUAUAUUUACUCAUCCACCAGCUUGAUGCACCAUAUCAAUGCUGUAUCCUAUUAACUUCUUCCCUCAUAUAUUCCUCGAGAAUAUGGUGUUCCCUUCUUGUGACUUCUGUUUGAAUGAAUCUUCAAAGGAACCUGUUGGAUGGUAUUUUGGUCCAAGAAGGCCUAUUUAUUAUCCUAUAUAUUGUCCUGCUGCUUGGAUAAUACUUAUCCUUUUGAUAUGGCUGCUAGCAGAAAUAUGUGCCAUACCAAAUUUUUUUUACCGAGCAAGAUGCAAGGAUGUCUAUUAUCUGUUCUGUUGGUUCUGUGAUAUUCGAAGCUCUUCUGGGUAAAAGCUCAAAAACUGGUAUUCUAUAUCUGUUCAUUAUAUGAGAGCAGUAGUUUCUAUGGCUCCUUUGGGAACUCACAGGAAGGCAGUAUAAAUAUUCACUGUUAUGUUUCUGUUGUAGUUCAAUGUAAUGAAAGGCGAGAUUUUCGUGGUCGUGAUUUGAGAGAGAAGCUUGAUAGAAGGCGUUCUCCAGUGGGCAGAUACUCCUAUGAUAGAGAUGCAAGAGAGAGACAUGCAUCCCGAGAUCCCAUGGUCUCUGAUAGAGAUGCAAGAGAGAGACAUGCAUCCCAAGAUCCCAUGGUCUCUGAUAGAGAUGCAAGAUUAAUACAUGCAUCCCAUGAUCCUGUGGUCAGAUACUCCUCUGAUAGAGAUAGAGAUGCAAGAGAGAGACAUGCAUCCCGAGAUCCCGUGGCCUCUGAUAGAGAAGCAAGAGAGAGACAUGCAUCCCGUGAUCCCAUGGUCCCUGAUAGAGAUGCAAGAGAGAGACAUGCAUCCCGUGAUCCCAUGGUCCCUGAUAGAGAUGCAAGAGAGAGACAUGCAUCCCGUGGGCGCACUCCUACUGAGUCUGUUGGGAGGAGGAGUGAUAGAAAGCGCAGGAUGAAACAUCAUUCGGAUGGUCAAAGUGAUAUCUCUCGAAGUUUGAACAUGUCGGAUGGGACAGGAGAUCAUGUGAAGGAGAAAAAACAUUUAUCUUCCAAUUCCAAAGAUGUCCUUCAGCUUAAGCAGUUGCAAUCUGAAAUCAAUAUGUUGGAUGACCAAAAACGAGAACUGGAGAUCUACCUUGAAGAGACAACUUGUGAGGCAGAAGAACUAGCUUCAAAGGUUCAGGACCUUGAGAUGGAACUUUUCAAGGAAAAGGAGGAAUGUAAAAGGACUACUUCGAAGGUCAAGUUGUUCAUUGAAGCAUAUAAUAAUCACUCACGGGUAGAAGGAGAACUAAAGAGGUCAGAAGCUCAGCUUCAAAAGCUCGCUAAUAGACUCAGCUCAGAUUUCGUCAGAACCAGUGCAAGCGAGGAGGAUUCGGCCAUCAAUAUAAGUGAUGGAGGGUUGGCUGGUAAUCAUUUUAGCUCAUUGGAUGAGCAGCAGAAGAAUACUUCACCUACCAAGAAAAGGCCAAGAAUUCAUCGUGAAGCAGAUGAAACCACAAAUCAAGCUUCAACAAAAGGAAAAGGAGAUGCUUCGCAGAGGAUUGCUUAUCCUACUCAGCUGAAUAAUGAGAAGAAAGAGAAGGCAGAGUUCGAUCGGGAGAAUGGGCACAGGACCGUAGUGGGUGAAGAGAUGUCUAAGAAGGGAAUAAACUUUUCCAGUGACAUGGCUUUCACAAACAAGCCCAAAGCUUCUGAUAUUGGCAUUGUUUUGCCAUCAACCAGCAUGGCUGCUCAUGCAGCGGAUGAAGAUGUUGAAGUUGUCGAGACGGAGGUUGAAGUAACUGGGAAUACUACAAGAAGAGCUGGGAAGGGAACUCCUUCUGGUAUCCGAGAGUAUCCUUUUCUACCGCCACCUCCUCCCCUCCCGCCAGGUGGUUAUUUGCAGCAUAAGUGUGAUAAUGCAGAUGGACUUGAGGAUGAGAUGUUGGAAGUCGAUAUUGUUUAGCAUAGUGAUCAAUAUAGGAUGACUGCGUACACAGCUGGUGCAUAUGUAGAGGAAUAGAGCUAACGAGCUGGGAACUAUGGUCGACCUGGCCUACACAUACAAGUUUUGAGCUGGAUACUAAAUUAAGGUUUUUAUCGACCAUAAGAGCUAAGGAUGAGGAUUUUGAGCUUGAUUACCAUAUUUCUUUUUGUAUAGCAGGUUGUUAAUCUGGAAUUAAUAGUUUUCAGUCUCCUAAUCUUUGCGUACGUGAGGUGCUUGUCUAUGAAUAGUAACUAUGUUGGUGUAGAAUGUGCGAACUCUUAAGCCUUGACAAGAAGCAUGGUUAAUAGGUGGGAUAAGGAGUCAACUCCUCCCUUUUUUUUUCUUUUCGUUUUGAAAUGUAAUAUUGCAACAAACAAGUUAACAUGAACCAUAAAUAAGUUGCAUAGUUUUCAGAACAUCAGCUAUAAGCAUAUACAUUUCCAUUA